AUGGAGGACGCUACCUGGAAGGAGACCCGACCGGGGCGUUGGGAGCGCGCGCAAAGCUACCUCGAGAGGAUAAAUAUACUCACUCGCAAUGUUCCAAACGCCAUUGGCCGCGAUAAUUGGGCUAAGAACGCAGUUGCCAAACUCGAAUUCCAUCCUGAGAUCAAAGAUCCUGCUGCCUACCUGCAGACUGCUUGGAAACAAGUUCGCUACAACCACCCGGAGAUUGCCGCAUUCCCAUACAACGGUCGAUAUAUCUACCGCGUCGGAGACGAACCAUCAAUCGCCUUAUGGGUUUCGGCGACAUUCUCCGUCGUGGAGGGCAAAUCUGUUGAUGAACUGCUGGGCCGGAUUCCGAGAAACGAACAAAUGAUGUGUUACUUCCUCCCCGACACAUCCGAAGUCAUGAUCUGGUCCCCUCACUAUCGCGUCGACGCCCGCGGCGCAAUCUUCUGCCUCAAUCAUCUCGUUGAGUCCCUGGCCAACAUGAACCCUAACCUAGUCUUUGGCGGGUGUGCCAAGAACCUGACGCCGAGCAUGGAGUUGACGCUUCGCAUCGGGCACGAGAAAACACCAGAGAUCGAAGCACAAGCCGAAAGCCGUCUCGCAGCACUAGAGCCUCACAAGCCCGCUCUAGAACUGACGCCCACAAUCAAAGCGCAGAGGCCGGGAUACACUCAGCGACACUUUGUCAAGUUCUCCAAGCACGACACAAGGGCCGUCAUGGAUAGUUGCGAGAAUCUAGCUCUCGCCAACGACGUCGCUCUACAUGCCGCCCUCAUUAGCGCCGUCGCAAACCUCGCACAAACAAAGGAAGCGCGAAGCUUCAUGGCCUCUUUCCACUCCAACCUCCGCAAUCUGAUCCCAGAAGGCGCAGCUCCCGAGCAUUCGCCCACAAGCUACACCAGCGUCAUUACCACGGAAGUCAUCGUUUCACCGCAAACGAACUUCGAUUCCUACUACUCUCAACUCGCACCAGUCUAUGCUGCCGGCUAUGCACCGUACUUACAGUCAUCGCCUUUCUUCCACAAGCGGCUCGAAGAGACGCUGUUCAGUCCCGACUACAGCAAGAAAGGCGAGGCGGACGGACAACUACAGCCGCGCUUUGCUUUCCUUGGCGAGGUAGAUGAGCAGGUCGUCAAGGAUAUCGGCGACGGACUCGUCAAAGUCAAAGACUUCUGGCUGGGCGCCGAAACCCUAACGAUGCGCAUGAUGGUCCACACGUGGAUAUGGGAGGGCCAACUCGUCCUCAGCGUCUGCUAUAACGAGAGCUAUUGGGACAGGGAUCAGGCGGCGAGUUUGCUCGGUGGCAUGCAGGAUACGUUAAUGGAAGUUGCGCUGAGGAAGAAUAAGGUUAGCGCCUAG